CUCUCUCUCUCUCUCUCUAUUUUCACUGAGUCAGCGAACCAAUCUCAUCCUUUCCUUCCAAAACCCUCGCUCUUUUCCGCUGACGUGCUCACGACCUUUAUCUGCCAAUGCUAUCUUCUCUCAUUUUUUAUGUUUCUUUUGAGUUUUGUCGUCCCCAUACCCUUCGACUCUAUCUCUAUAAAACCCCAAAUCCCCAGUCCUCUCUGCUCUCCUGAUCUUCUACUCCAAACCAAUUCCCUCUGCUCUGUUUCUUCUUUCUUUCUCUGUUCGAAGACAAUUUUAGUAUUACUUUGCAGAAAGGUUGCUAUGGAAGCACUGGAAAUCCCAGUAAUCAGUAGAAUUAGUGGUUUCGAAGCGGGCUUAAACCAAUUACGGGAUCCAUCCUUCGUUUCCCGUGUUAUCAAUCUCGUAGCCAUCGAUGGAAGUUUUCCAAAUUACAAUUUCUGGACGUGGGGAGCUCUGAUUUUAGCCAUUGUCGCGACUUUCAGUGGCGUAAUUAACAGAACCAUGCUCGUUAUUCUCAGACUCUGGCGGCGGCGGCGGCAGAGAUCCGUAGGUUCAGAACAUCUUAUUAGACCACUUGUCGAGGACGACGACGACGACGACGACGACGAAGAUGAUGACGACGAUGAGAGCUGCUCUUUAUCUUCAUCUAACGACGAUGAAGACGAGCUCCCCACUUCGCCACACGAGAAUCAGAGACCGUUCGAUGAAGAUUUCCGCGUGGCAAGUUCUGGUAGUUACGACGAAGACCAAAGACAUAAGAAAUUGAAGUUCCGGCGUCAGUUCUCCUGGUCUGAUUUCGCUAGCGGCAAGAGUGUUGUGAAGUUGUGGGAUGGGUUAGGGUUAGGGUUAGGGUUAGGGCUAGGGUUAAGGUUUGACGGUUCGUCGAAUGAGAAUGUUGUGUCGAUGUGGGAUUUGAAUAAGGAUGAGAUUAUAAACUCGUUUCACGGUGGUGGCGAUUUUCAGAUUCCGACGAUUUCGAGGGCGGCGCCAUCGGUGGUGAUGACGGCUGGGCUGGAGGAGAGUGGGAACAUGGCAUUUAGGGUUUGGGACGCCCGGCUGGGUCUUCCGAUUCCGGCGAUUUUCGCGGAGUGGCAACCUCGCUGGAGGCGGAUAGUGGGUGUAGAUUCCGACGAAGUGGAGAAGGUUUACGUCACAGAUGACAGAAGCUCUGUAACCGUAAGAGAUAUGAGGAAGGUUGGAUUUCCUAUCGAAUCAGAGGAAGACACCUGGUGGGAUGCCGAUGCCGUUAUUGUAUCUGACGCCGAUCGUGGGCUGCCGGUGCAGAUUCGCGGUUCCGUUGUGUCACGAUGUCGUGAGGCGGUGAAGUCUUAUCUGUUUUAGAAAUUUUCAAAAAUCACCUCACCGUGAUGAGUUGCGGCUUCAUCCUUCAUUUAUAAAUAAAUGAUUUUUUAUUGACAAAAUCUCAGUACGUAUAAAAAAAUAGGAAUACACAACGUCCGAAGCCUGUGAAUUAUUAUUAUUUUUCUGGUCUCCCAAUUAAUGGAAAUUAUUUCUGUUUUUUGGGAAGGUUCAAUAAGUAGCUUAUUUCUGUAUUUUUUUUUUUUUUUUUUUUAAGAAGAAGUGGGACAUAUUUGACAAUUCACAAUUUGAGUGGGUUCUUGACUCCUUGGGUUACAGCUGUAAUGAGGUUCCGUGCAGCGGCGCAACCUAACGUUACUAUAUUGAGCUCUUUCUUUUUCUUUUGGUUUAA